GGUAUGUUUUUGUUGUCCCACAGAGAGUUAAAUGAAAGCGGUCGCGGUAUUAACAGUGAUUUGUUCGUAAUAAUGUUGGAAUAUCGGUGAAACUGUAAUGGUAACAGGUAUGUACAGUACUCUAGUGCUUUGUCCAGCCUAAGGUAGCGGUGUUUGAAUGUGUGUCGGUCAGACAUGGUGAGAUUUAUCGGUAUUUGGCAGCAGGCUUGUGUAAAUGAACACAUGGCAGAAACACAUGUGACUUUACUGACAGAGGGAGACUCUAAAUUUGUAUCUUCCUAAAAUAUACAGAAAAGUACAUUAUCUAUGUGGAUUUUAUUAUCGUACGUUCAUCUUACGGACUAACAAAUACGGACAAUUAAAAAGCUUCCUGUUAAAUAGUGGAGAGAGACCUGAUAUUCAAUUGCAUUAUUUUCAUGUGUUCAUGAAACGACUGGUUGGUGUGCAUGUAAAGCAAUCUAUUUUAACAUAUUCCCAGUGUUAGUAGCCAAAGUUGUUAUGAUCCAGCUGUGCAGCGACAAAGCAGACAUCUCUGCAUCUGUUCUGAUCAUCACUUAGUCAGUAUAUGGUAGACUGAAAUGACACAGAAUUGCAAUUCCUGUGCUUUUAUAUUAUCACACUGUUAACUUAAUAAAGAUGAGGCUUUUUAAGAGGAGGUUCUUACUAUUUACUCGAUACCCACAUUUGACAAAUGUCAACAACUUCAAUAGUCAAAUGUUACUCAGAUUAAUGAGCUGAUUUUGCUUUCAUUUACAUCAGACUGAUGGUUGUGUUGCAUCAGUCUGAUGCCUUAGGGGGAAUGCCUGAGGCAUGAAGCACGUAAUGCAAUUAUUCAAUUUGGUUGUCUUCAGACUGUCUUCGGGUUCAUAAGACUCCGGAUCUUGACUUUAAUGAAUCAGGUGCUCAGAGUUUGCUGCCUUGUACAUCUGUAGCUCCACAGAACAUCGAAACACUCAUCUAAGAGGCCUUGUCAUCGUUGUUUUCUUCCGCUUAUCCGGGGGGGCAGCUUCAGGAGGGAAGCCCAGACGGCCCUCUCCCCAGCCACUUCCACCAGCUCCUCCGGGGGGGAUUCCCAGGCGCUCCCAGGCCAGGAGAGAGAUAUAAUCCCUCCACCUGGUCCUGGGCUGGCCAUGAGGUCUCCUCCCGGUGGGACAUGUCUGGAACAACUCGAGCAGGAGGCGUCCAGAAGGCAUCCUAACCAGAUGCCCAAGCCACCUCAGCUAAAUCCUUUUGACGUGGAGGAGAAGCGGUUCCACUCUGAGCGCCUCCCGAGUGUCCAGGCUCCUUACCCUAUCUCUGAGGCUGAGCCACCCUGCGAAGAAAACCCAUUUCGGCCGCUUGUAUCCGCGAUCUCAUUCUUUCAGUCAUUACCCAAAGUUCAUGACCAUAAGUGAGGGUGGGCAUGUAGAUCGACCGGUAAAUUGAGAGUCUUGCCUACGGCUCAGCUCUUUCUUCACCAUGACAGAUCAGUUAAGCGUCCUCAUCACUGCUGACGCUGCUCCGAUCCACCUGUCGGUCUCCCGCUCCAUCCUACCCUAACUCAUGAACAAGAUCCCGAGAUACUUGAACUCCUCCACUUGAGGCAGGACCUCCCCUCCGACCCGAAGAAGGCAAUCUACUUUUUUUGACUGAGGACCAUAGUCUCGGACUUGGAGGUGCUGAUUCGCGUUCCAGUCGCUUCACACUCGGCCCCAAAUCAAGGCAUAGUUUCAGAAACCAGGCAUCUCAUUAUGUCUUCACAUGCUUGUUUUGAAUGUGUAUGAGUUUGUUACACUCUAGCGUAGACAAUAUGCACUGUGUGUGUUGGUGUAUUCACUGCCGGCCUCUGUCUUUGAGACAUAGUGAAAAGUUGAAGCAUUCCAUUAACACUAUUACUUGAAAUCAGAGGACCUUAACUAGUCUGUCACUGUCUGUCUCACAGCAUAAACACCAUCUCAGCAAUGGCUGCUCUGUGGACAAAGAUAUCCGCUGUCCUGCCCCCAAGUGAGGAGCAGUUUCCACUUCAGUUCAGUGACAAAGUGGAGUCCAGCGUGGUGGAAAUGCUGAGACGAUCCAGGCAGCAGCUUUAUGUGCACACCACAAAAAACAGCCAGAUACUUAAUGCUCAGAUUAUUCUGGAUUUUUCAUGGGAGAAACUCAACAUGGGAACAUGGCGUGAUGUGGACAAAGAAUGGAGACGUGUUUAUUCUUAUGGCUGCCUGUUCAAAGCGGCUGCUCUGUGCCAGGAGGAUCCGUCUGCAGAGGAGAUCCUGCUGGCUGUAAAGACUUGUGACAUGGGAUUACUCAUGGGUGCAGCCAUCAUGGAAGAUAUACUUCAGGUGAUUGUUCGGAUCCUGCAGGGUGAAGUCAGGAAAUCAGCAAAAGAAGAAAAGGAAAGGGAGUAUCCUCAGGUCAAGGUAUGCGGGUUUUAAACAGCUUUUUCACUUUAGUUUCUUGUCCUCCUACCAUUCAUAAAGCUUGUAAAUUUUGUCUUCUAGCAAAUGUUUUGUCAAAGGUACAAAAAAUCUGAAUAGUAAGUAGUUUUCUUAAAAGAAGUCCUGCACUUUAGCUUUUAUUUUAGUGCCCUCUUGGUGCGUUUUUGCUUAAUAACAGGGAUACUCAGGUACUCAUGAAAACUUUCACAGAAAGGUUUAAUUUGGACAUCUUAAAGCAGCUGUUAUCCUUUAAUCUGACAGUCUGGUAUCUUCUUAAUAAACCAUGUGAUCAGUUUUAUGUGUGUCAGAGAGUUGCUUGCAUGUGAUUUCAUUUGUUAGUGCUCUUCAACCAUUCAUUUUAUCUUUAACAUAUGAUCACAGACAGCGGUUUCUCCUGUUACUUUCCUCAGAGUGAGCAGUCCUCGCACAGAAUUUAACAGCAAAUGCACCUGUGUUAUUUUUGUAAUCUUAACAGAGAAGUAAAUUCGAACCCCCACGAGUUCCUGUUAUUAAGGAGGAGCAGGCUGUUCCCAGAAUCAGGUGUCCUUCACUGGAGAGCUUCAAUACCAACUACCUGCUCCCCCUCAGACCAGUGAUUUUAGAGGGGAUCAUCGACCACUGGCCUGCCCUCAACCAAAGACCCUGGAGGUGUGCUUGUUCACUUAAAAGAAUAUGUAUAUUUUUGUCCGUCCCUCUCAACUGUGAACUCCUUUAAACCUUUUUUUCAAUUAAAUGUAUUUUUUUGUAUUGAACCAAAUAUAAACAACAAUUAUAUUUGUACGCUUUACAAAAUAGUCUAGACUCUUUUGACUGUUUAUUUAAAGAGACUCAAAAACUGAUCGAAUGUUAGACAUUUUUUUGGCCACAGCAGUGACUGUUGACUUCCUUUAAAUAGGAAGAAAGCUCAAGCACAACCAGACUCAUUAGUAGACAGCCACCUGCCUCAACAUUUUGCAUUAUCAGCAUGUUAUAGGUGGGGUGGGCAGGAUCUAAGGAAGUGCCAGUUUUUGGGAGAAAUCUUGAAUGUAAACAAUACCCCUUCCAACCAGUUUUCCCCUCAGCUCCUCCCUCUCUGCUUCAGCAAGCCCCGCCCACAAACAGACACUCCUGCUCGCUCGUAUCGUUCCAAUUAAAUUCAGAUAUAAUGCAGAUAAAUACUUCAGAUAUUUACAAAUGAGGCCCAGUCAACGUGAAUGUAAAAUGCAUUGGUGUGACUGUAGAUGCCAACAGUCUACCAGCAAACACAAUGUUUGCAGCACUUCUACUACUAGGAUAAAGUGACAUAGUCCAGGAUCCAAGUUAAACAGUUUAGUGGCGCGACAACACACAGCAGGUCUUGUUUGACAAGAAGCACUUCUGUUACAGACACUUGGCUUAACAAAGCGGUUUACCUCUUCAGCAGAAAGGUUACAGGGUCCAUAAGAUCUCAAAGUGUUCACUGAUGUUGACCGGGCUUUUUAGUUCUUGUCCGGGUGGUCUACCUCCUUUUUACACGCCUGUUAUUCUGCAAGAGUCUCUGAUAUUUACUUCAUUUUCUGGCUUGUGUUGGCAGUCUUAGCCAAAGGAGGAUUCAGACAAUUUUCUGUACUUUCUGGUUGGUUUCUACUGUCUGAUAUUGUAGCACGCUAACUUUGUUUGGGCUCGUGAACGACACAGGGGAGCAGCAUCUGCCUCACAACCAAUCAGGUUGGGGGAGGCGGAGAAUGGCUUUGUUUACAGUCAGAAAGAGCGGAGCGCUCUGAAAUUUUAAAAUGUUGACUACACAGACAUAAAACACAGCGAUUUUGUUAUGUGACCAAAGAUCAUAGAUAACUAAUAGCUAUUGACUGAUAUUAAAAGCUUUUUUGUAUGUACACCACAAAAAAAGAUGCUUCUUUAACGGAUUCCCUCCUACUUAACUUAAAGCACAGCAGGACAAACUCAACCAAGAGGUCAUUCAGAUCUGAUACUAACGCGCCUCUUGGGUUUUCCAGUCAUUAUUACGUCUCUCUAAAUAUAUAUCCAGUGACCACUGAUGGUUGGAUCUCACCUUUCCAUCUGCAUCCAAAUAAACACAGAGUGAAGUGAUAAUGUGGUUGAAAACUUUGUUGGAUCACUGAAAACCACUCUGCAGACUAAAGUCUCUGUUGGAAAGAGAUCUGUGUGAUUAAUGCACAGAUCCUCUUGAUUGAACCGAUCAGAGUGUUUUAAAACUAAGAUAACGCAUGAAAUCAUUUAUCAUGGUAGGCUGGAUGCGGGAAAACAGGGACAGCCUUUGUGUGUUAUUGAAUGGAUGACAGAGCAUGACAAACACACAGACAGAGCCAUGUUGUUUUUGGUCUAAAUAUCAUGUAUGUCUUUGCUGUUUUAGUAUAAAACCUAUUAAUAUAUAUUUUUAAACACAUCUCUGAUCGGCACUAUCCCACCCUCUUAAAGGUUGAUGAGGACUCUAUGUACUUGUAUUUUCAUGCGAAGUCCUCUCUAAUGUAGAAACUCUUUAUUCAUGUGUUGGAAUGACAUGGUGAGUGAAUUACAGGGAGAGUGGGCGGUUUUUAAUAGUGGUGCAACGGAUCACAAAACUCACGGAUCGGAUCGUUCCUCGGAUCAAGAGUCACGGAUCGGAUCAUUUUUCGGAUCAGCAAAAAGAAAAAAAACAAGACAAAUAAAAUAUAUAAAAGUAGUGCACAGGGCAUAAUAUCUUCUUUUUAACAUAAUUAUUGAUGAAAAACAACUUAAAGUGCAAUAUACAGGCAUAUCUCCUUCCUUUAAAAUGUAACAAUGAACCAAAAAUGAAGUGUGUGCGCGAUGGGAUGUCGUAACGUGGCUCAAGCACUUUCAGCAUGUUUUUAAAGCCCUCGUUUUGCACAACUGAAUACGGCCUCAUGUCUGCAGCUAUAAACACACCGAUAGAGUUUGUGAAAGCUUUAGCCUGGUCGGAUUGCGCAGGAAGAGGCUGCUUAAAUACUGCGGUGAUGAGCGGUUGUUGGGCAGCUUUCGUUUUAGCUCAGGUGUUAUGCCAAAGAAUGCACCCCUGCCGUAUAGUGCACCCCCUAACGGGAGCGCGGUUGAAAGUACAUAACAAGGCGAAAUAAUACAAGUUUUCCUUACGUUGGAUGUAUUCAACAGCGUUUGCCUUUAAUAAUUUCAUUCAGGCUAUUCAUAUCAAAUAUGAGAUCAUUAUCUCCACUUUAAGAAGCUAACGGGUGGAGGGGAUGCAGGGGGUGCGUUCUACGGCAGGGGUGCAAUCUACGGCACAACACCUGUCAGUAAAACACCCGGGUGAUGUCGCUUCAAAUGCGUGAACAUGCUCGAUGUGUUUCCACUGUCAUAUGGCUUUCUUAUGCCACAGUGCCUACACUCCGUCGCAGUUUUGUACACUGACCUCUUUCCUUCUUCAUCAUAAUUGACAGGGAAGCCAAAAUGCUCCCAUACAGGGGAUUUAAGUGUCGCGGGGCGUUCGAGCUCCUCCUUUCUCCGCUUUCAGAAAUCGAUCCGCGGAUCACAUGUGUGCCGAACCGAAUACGUCGAUCCGAACGGAUCACGGAUCAAUGAUGAUCCGUUGCACCACUAGUUUUUAAUGUGGCCCAGGAUACAAGAGCAUGCACACUGCCAGACCAAAGUAAACAAAUGUGUCCUGACUAAAUCUGUCCUCGUGCCAUUCGGGUGUGUUUAAACCUAAAGUUCAGGCUGUGAUCUGAUCACUUCGGUGGGAUGUUGAGGCGCUAACGGGGCCAAAAAGCCAUCUCUGUCUAUAAGCUCUGAUUUCACAGCUUCAGUAUUAGCAUUUACAUCAGUAGUCUGACUCUAUAACCCCACUCAUGAUCAGGCACUGUGAUGGGAAAUGGAAGUUUCAGUCUUUAAAUGCAUUUAGAUGUGGGUAGGUAUUAACAUUAUGAACUGAGUUUUGUUUAGUUUACUUGUCACAACAUCCCUGCCUCUAAUGUCAGACACCAGCGUCUGAUUUAACCGCCUCUCCAUUUAAGAAUCUCCUUCACUGUCCUCCCUCUUACUGCCGACUGCCGACAGCUGACUAUUCACUCUGACAUCUGACACACGGCUCCUGGCAUCGUGCUCUGAUUGUGGAGGAGGACAUCCACAAGUGCAUACCUGACAUAUUUUGAAGCCGAGCUAGAAUCCUAAAUAACCAAAUGAUUGUUUGAGUGAAUCGCUAAAAUGUUUUAUUCAUUGAUUCCCUUCUUUCCUGCAAAGCAUAGAAUACUUGAGGUCUGUGGCUGGCUGUAGGACUGUUCCUGUUGAGGUGGGAUCCAGGUACACGGAUGAAGAAUGGUCUCAAACAUUACUAACCGUCAAUGAAUACAUCGAUCGAUACAUUGAACAUAAAGUAAAUAUCUUCCUUCUGCUUUGAUGACAUGGAAAAAGUAAGAUCUGACACCUUUUUAUGGCUUUAAAACACUGUGUUGUUUUUGUUUUGUCACCAUCCAGGAUGGAGGAAAAGCCGUGGGUUAUCUCGCUCAACACCAGCUUUUCGAUCAGGUGUGAAACCAUUUUUGUUGACUUUUGAAUUUUGCUGUAUAUAUAACCAUAAUUAUUUAUGUUUUCAGUUCCCUAAUUGAUUUCUAAGAUUGUAUUUUUCAUCAUGGUGAAGUGUAGAUCCUCCUUUUUGCCAUCUUUCAUCCUCACACAUUACUUUGAAAAGUUUGACUUUUUGUCCCGAUGCUUAUGUCAAUAUGUUGCCACUCGUGAACUUUACAAAAAGGGCACCUCAUCAAAAUUAAAGCUGGGUGUUUUAGACUGUCGAAUGAAUUAGAAUGAGGAGGUGACAUGGCGCACAUCAGUCAUCUAGAUGUUUCACACCACAUCCUGAAUGAUUGAGGAAGAACCUCCUUUAAGCUGUGUAUUUACUCUAAGCUAUGAGCCUUUCUUUACUCGCCAUAUUAUCAAAUAAAGAGGCAUGCUUCAUCUUUACAUGAUAAUAUUCAGUGCAUCCUGACACAGCUUUUUUACUUCCAAUACGAUACAGAUAUUGCUUUCAAUAUUGACCGAUAUUGAUCCGAUAUUGGCACAAUAAUGUCUAUGACAAGUUUUUCAAUCAGCUGCAAUGUCUUUUCUCGGACUUAAACAAAAAACACUGCCAUACAGCCGACAUCACUCCAACUCUUAGUUACUUUGUUAGUACUUUAGUACACACUAUUAUUGUGAUUAUGUGGGCUCAGCUUGCUGGAUCAGGGCGCUGCGAGAUAGAGGUGAUGGAGUGGAGUCUGGAAUGGACUGCUUGUAUCAGUGCUGAUAAUACAGAGAUUUUAGAUGCAGGCCGAUAUAAUCCGAUUUUCAUUUUUUUGCUGAUAUCAAUAUCAUAUCAGGACAGCCCUACUCUCAAUCUGUGAGAAUAUGUAUGUCAGACCCUGCAGGUUCUUUGGUGGUGAAUUUGGUUUUAUACAAAUGGAUAAAACAAAAAUAUAACAACGGUUCCUAAAUAUGGGUGAUGUUGAUCCCUGCGUGGCCCUCUCAUGUAUCACCUAUGUAUGGAAAACACUGUUGUACAGGGUAUCUGCUGAGUCUUAGAAAGUCUUAAAACACCUAAAAUCCAAUCAUUUGAAUUACAGGCCUUAAAUACAAUUUUGAAAGGUCUCAAAAAUGUGUUGAUGUUACUUACAAAUAAAUAAUGUGCAUAGAAAUAAAGAUUGAUUUUAAGUAAUGUGAAAUAUUCCGGUUUCUCUUCAUGUCUUUUGUACUUUUUUUUGCCAAUAUGGAUGUUAAAUGGGUCUUAAAUUGUUUUCGUUAUGGUCUUAAAAAGUCUCGAAUUUGACUUGUGGAAACCUGUUACAGUUUAAUUAAGAGGUUUUUAACUAAAAGGCUAAAUGUGUGCAUCUCCAAAGCCUGUACACAUAUCCUCUGGGACCAUGAAUAUCUGCACCAAAUUUCAUAACAGUAUAUGUAGUAUGUGUUGAGAUAUGUGCGUUGAAUCAAGGAGGAAAAGAGACUGAUAGAUAGGCUGAUACUGUACCUCGAGCUGUGUUUCUGCUUCGAAUUCUUCAAAUACCACAAACAAGAGGGAGAUAAAUGAACGUUUCCAGCUGCUAUAGUCUGCAGAUGAUCUAAGGAAAAACAAGAUGUAAUGAAAUUAGUGUGGUUAAUCUCUGUAAUAUGAUUUUGCUCCUCAUGACGUUCCUCCAGAUUCCAGAGUUGAAGGAGGACAUUCGCCUCCCUGAUUAUUGUUGCCUCGGCGAAGGAGAAGAAGACAACAUCACUGUAAAUGCCUGGUUCGGGCCAGGAGGCACAGUGUCUCCUCUUCACCAAGACCCCCAGCAGAACUUCCUCGCUCAGGUGACAAAGCAGCAAGUUUCAUGAGUGGAAGAUCUGUCACGCCACCAUGGUUUAUUUGUUUGUUUGUUUGUGUGUUUAUUUAUUUACAAAACCCGUAUAUACAUCAGGUGGUGGGGAGCAAAUACAUUCGCCUAUAUUCCCCUGAGGACUCAGACAAGCUGUACCCCCAUCAAUCCCAGCUCCUCCACAACACCAGCCAGGUAGGAUUGACAUUGCAUACAGACUGUGCAUGUUUGGCCUGCAAAUAUAUGCAGUAUGUUCAAUGUAUGACUCUUUCUGCAUGCAGGUUGAGGUGGAGAAUCCUGACAUGGAUCGGUUCCCCAAGUUUGCUGCCACUCCUUAUCUUGACUGUGUGUUAAAGCCUGGAGAGGUGCUCUUCAUCCCAGUGAAACACUGGCAUUAUGUGCGCUCCUUAGAGCUCAGCUUCUCUGUCAGCUUCUGGUGGUCAUGACUGCUGAUGUGUAAUAAAAAAAUAUAUAUUUAUUUUUUUAAAGACUAA